AUGGCCCAAUCGUUUAGGGAUAUUUUUAACUCUUUUUCAGGCAUGGCUUCUGCCCAAUCUUCAGGACCAGUUGAAGAUACUUCCGAAAGAGUUGAAGUAUCCUCACUUGCGCUGCUCAAGAUGUUGAAACACGGCCGUGCUGGAGUCCCAAUGGAGGUUAUGGGAUUGAUGCUAGGGGAAUUUGUGGACAAUUAUACGAUCAGGGUUGUGGAUGUUUUUUCAAUGCCCCAAUCUGGCAAUAGUGUGAGUGUGGAAGCAGUGGAUCCGGUAUAUCAGACGGUUAUGCUGGAUCAACUUAAGCGAACUGGGAGGCCUGAAAUGGUGGUUGGUUGGUACCAUUCUCAUCCGGGUUUUGGUUGUUGGUUUUCUGGCACUGACGUGAAUACUCAGCAAAGCUUUGAACAACUAAAUCCCCGCGCCGUGGGCAUAGUGGUGGAUCCCAUUCAAAGUGUUAAGGGCAAGGUCGUAAUUGACUGCUUUAGACUAAUAAAUCCUCACCUAAUGAUGUUAGGGCACGAACCCAGGCAAACCACUAGUAAUAUUGGCCACUUACAAAAGCCCACAAUUACAGCAUUGGUGCAUGGCUUGAAUCGUAACUAUUAUUCUAUUGUUAUAAAGUACAGAAGAACUCAGCUUGAGACAGAUAUGAUGAUUAAAUUUCACCAAUUUAAGUGGACAAACGAACUGAAAAUACAAAAUCUGUCGGAGUUUUCCAAGGAAAAUGACCAGGGAAUUGAGGAGUUGAGUCAGCUGAUAGAAAAGUAUAAGAACGAGAUACUGGAAGAAGCUAAAAUGUCGCCAGAAGAGUUACAACUUUCACAAGUGGGGAAGAUUGAUGUAAAGAAUAGACUUGAGAAUUGCGUAACUUCAUUGUUAAACAACAAUAUCCUCCACUCCAUAUCCCUGAUGCUACCCACACAGUAUAUUCAGUAA